AUGGCGGACGCUGCAGUCGAGAAUCCUGCAAACAUACUGCCGCCUCACAAGAAGGCCUUCCCAGUGGAUUCUAUGCCAGAGAUUGACUCCUUUGAAGGCGUUGGGGCAAAUGGCGAAGACGAAUAUUCCACGCUCAAGAGGUUACAGCGGCAUCUAGAAUACAUCAAACUUCAAGAGGAAUACAUCAAAGAUGAGCAGAGAUCGCUCAAGCGGGAGCUUGUACGAGCCCAGGAAGAGAUCAAGAGGAUACAGAGCGUGCCGUUGGUCAUCGGUCAAUUCAUGGAGGCCAUUGAUCAGAAUACUGGCAUCGUUCAAUCCUCCACCGGCUCGAACUACGUCGUCCGCAUUCUGUCCACACUCGAUCGCGAGAAAUUGAAGCCAUCAUCAUCUGUCGCACUACAUCGGCAUUCUAAUUCCCUUGUCGACAUUCUGCCUCCCGAGGCCGAUUCCUCAAUAGCCAUGCUAGGAGCAGACGAGAAGCCUGAUGUUACGUAUGCUGAUGUUGGUGGUCUGGACAUGCAGAAGCAGGAGAUCCGGGAAGCCGUCGAGCUCCCUCUGACACAUUUCGACCUUUACAAGCAGAUUGGUAUUGAUCCGCCCCGUGGCGUGCUUCUGUACGGACCACCAGGAACUGGGAAGACCAUGCUGGUCAAGGCUGUUGCCAACAGCACCACAGCAAGUUUCAUCCGUGUCGUCGGGUCAGAAUUCGUACAGAAAUACCUUGGAGAAGGCCCACGCAUGGUGCGAGACGUGUUCAGGAUGGCGCGAGAGAACUCACCGGCGAUCAUCUUCAUUGACGAAAUUGAUGCGAUUGCCACGAAACGAUUUGAUGCGCAGACCGGUGCCGACCGAGAAGUGCAGCGCAUCCUGCUCGAGCUGCUGAACCAGAUGGACGGUUUCGAUCAAACAGCAAAUGUCAAAGUCAUCAUGGCAACCAACAGAGCAGACACUCUAGACCCGGCUCUACUCCGACCUGGUCGAUUGGAUCGAAAGAUCGAAUUUCCAUCUCUGCGCGAUCGCCGUGAGCGGAGAUUGAUCUUCUCAACGAUUGCUAGCAAGAUGUCUCUAUCGCCUGAGGUCGAUCUGGAUUCGCUCAUCGUCCGGAACGACCCACUGUCUGGAGCUAUCAUUGCCGCGAUCAUGCAGGAGGCAGGUCUGCGCGCAGUGAGGAAGAACCGGUACAACAUUAUUCAGUCCGAUCUAGAAGACGCAUAUUCGAGUCAGGUCAAGGGGGCACAAGAAGCUGACAAAUUCGACUUCUAUAAAUGA